AUGGCGGCGAUCUGGGGCAACGGUGGACAGGGAGGGCAGUUCCCUCUGGAACAGUGGUUUUAUGAAAUGCCACCUUGCACAAGGUGGUGGACAGCUGCGACUGUGCUAACGUCGGUACUGGUUCAAUGCCAUGUCCUUACACCUUAUCAAUUAUUCUACAGCUUCCGGUCUGUGUUUAUUAAGUCACAAUACUGGCGGCUCAUCACCACAUUUCUCUAUUUUGGACCGUUAAAUCUGGACCUGGUAUUCCACGUCUUCUUCCUCCAGCGGUAUUCCCGUCUACUAGAAGAAUCCGCUGGUCACUCUCCUGCCUUUUUCUCCUGGCUUCUCCUCUACGCGACAUCUACACUUCUUCUCGCCUCGCCUUUCCUUUCGCUACCGUUCUUGGGCUCCUCUCUCUCUGCUAGUCUAGUGUACAUAUGGGGCCGGAAGAACCCGGAUACAAGACUGAGCUUUUUGGGGCUCCUCGUCUUUACUGCUCCUUAUUUACCUUUUGUUCUCAUGGCAUUUAGCCUGGUUGUUCAUGGAACAAUCCCGAAGGACGAAAUUUGUGGAGCUGUGGUGGGACAUAUCUGGUACUACUUCACGGACGUGUAUCCGUCUGUAUAUGGAGGAGUGCGUCCACUGGAUCCUCCCGCUUGGUGGAGGAGGUUGUUCGAAACAGCAAACACUCAAGAUCAAAGAGCUACAGAUGCAACACAUAUAAACAAUGACAUAGCCGCCAUUGCCGCUCGAGAAGUGAGAUGA